AUGUUUUCCGGUCAGACUGGACUCAACUUCAGCUUCAACCAGAGCGAUGACCGGGAGCUGGAGGACACUCCCGCGGGCUCCGCGAAGCUCUCGCAGGCGGGCUUCGUCGUGCUGUCCGUGGUGCUGGGCUUCAUCAUGACCUUCGGCUUCCUCAACAACUUCGUCGUGCUCAUCUUGUUUUGCAAAUUCAAGAAGCUGCGGACGCCGGUGAACAUGCUGCUGCUGAACAUCAGCGUCAGCGACAUGCUGGUGUGUCUGUUCGGAACCACGCUCAGCUUCGCCUCCAGCAUCCGGGGGAGGUGGCUGCUGGGCCGCGGCGGCUGCAGCUGGUACGGCUUCAUCAACUCCUGCUUUGGUAUCGUUUCGCUGAUCUCUCUGGUGAUCCUCUCCUACGACCGUUACAGUACUCUGACUGUAUACAACAAAGGUGGGCUCAAUUACCGAAAGCCCCUACUAGCUGUUGGAGGCUCUUGGCUCUACUCCUUGUUCUGGACAGUGCCCCCUCUCCUGGGCUGGAGCAGCUAUGGCUUAGAGGGGGCUGGAACAAGCUGUUCUGUCUCCUGGACAGCUAACACUGCGCAGUCACAUGCCUACAUAAUCUGCCUCUUCAUUUUCUGCCUGGGUCUACCCAUCCUGGUGAUGAUCUACUGCUACAGCAGACUGCUGUUGGCGGUCAAACAGGUGGGAAAAAUCCGGAAGACUGCGGCUCGCAAGAGGGAGUACCACAUACUUUUCAUGGUCCUGACCACAGCAGCCUGUUAUCUGUUGUGCUGGAUGCCUUACGGCGUUGUGGCCAUGAUGGCCACCUUUGGUCCCCCCAACAUUAUUAGCCCGGUUGCCAGCGUGGUGCCCUCCCUCCUGGCUAAAAGCAGCACCGUCAUCAACCCCCUCAUCUACAUACUCAUGAACAAGCAGUUCUACAGGUGUUUCCUGAUUCUGUUCCACUGCGAUCACUGGUCAUCGGAAAACGGCAACACUUCGGUCCCCUCCAAGACGACGGUGAUCCCUUUGAACCGCAGAAUCUACACCAACACCGUGGCCCAGAUCUCCACCGAUAACGCCAACUAG